UCGGGCCUCUCAGUGGCCGUUUGUCAACCUACGAAGUGAUUGAAGGAUCCAUACGGCAGUCCACAGCCUUCGCCCCUCCCCUUAACCCACCCUGUCGCCGUCAGUUACAACAACCACAACAGGUUUCCAUUCCAAAAUACCGUCACUUUCACCACAAGGCGGUUGUUGGUUGGCACACCUACAGGUGCUCUCGUGCCCAGAUCUACCGGAGACUACCCCGAGCUCGAGAACACUUCCAGCGGGAGGGAGUCGCGCCGUCCGGCGGUGUUGUGCGACGCUCUGCCCCGAAGUGCAUGGACCAACCCUCUCGGUGUCACCCUACCCGCGAUUUCGGAACCUAACCCCGUGUAUCGCCGGCUCAGAGUAACACUAGCCGCCACGACAAGCGAUCGUCUCUCGUGCAGGCGUGAUCUUUUCGGGAUUUUCCGGUGUUUUCUUCCUUCGCGAGGACAUGUGGUCGACCAGCUCAACCAUGGACGCGCCGGCCCGACUGGGUGUCACCGUACCGGCGCUUGGGGUCCUUCGGGCGGCCUCGCUCCUCACCGCCGUAGUUUUGUGCACCGUUUCCCCGGUGGGAAGAACGCAGCUUAUAUCUGGUUCCAUCGCGACUUGUACGAACGAGGGAGAACCGGUGAUCAUACCUCUCAUCGCUUUCGAUCCUUGUAUCAGCUGCAUCUGCCUGAACCAGGAAGUGACGUGUCGGAAGGAGCGGUGCCCGCGGUUGGACGACUGUUCUCUGGUGGUGAAGAAGCGGGGCGUGUGUUGCGAACAGUGCAAAGGUUGCACGUUUCAAGGUGAGAUGUACAACAGCGGAGACAAGUGGACGUCAGAACAAGACCCUUGUACGCAGUACGCAUGUCAGGAGGGAGUAGUGACUGUAUCGCAGGUUCAGUGUUACACACCCUGCAGCAACCCCCUCACACUGCCUGGCCAGUGCUGUCCUGUAUGUAAAGGAUGUCUGUUUGAGGGCAGAACAUACCCAGAUGGAAAGACCUUCACAUCCCAGAGAGACAAGUGUGUCACCUGUACAUGUCAGGACGGAAACGUGCGAUGCAAAAAGCCAGUGUGUCCGGUUCUGUCCUGCCCAGAGACCCUUGCAUGGACGCCCCCUGGUGAAUGUUGCCCAGAGUGCAGGGGCCAGCGUAAGGUGUUUGACCUUGCCUCGGGAAGCUGCCUGUUCCGCUCAGACCUGCUGGAUAACGGAGAUGCUGUGAAGGUGGACGCCUGCACAACUUGCACAUGUAAGGUCUAUCCUCCCCCACAGGAGUCCACCAUGGUCUGCUCCAAGAUGACGUGUCCCGUGAAGCUGGACUGUGAUGAGUAUGAGCCCCGGGGAGAGGGCACCUGCUGUCCUGUCUGUAAGCAGGAAACCAGUGGAACACUUGACUGUGAUGAGUAUGAGCCCAUGGGAGAGGGGACAUGCUGUCCUGUGUGUAAGGCCAGGGAACCUGUGGAACAGUACAGGACAUGUGAGACUGAAGGACUCACUUAUCAACAUGGUGAAUCGUUCCUGGAUGAUGCCUGUACCAUGUGUACCUGCACCAACGGCACAGUGUACUGUCAGAUAGAGGUCUGCGACAGGAGCGCAACAUGUCCUGAGGGCCAAAGUUUCAAGAAGUUUGAAGGAGAAUGCUGUCCAAGGUGUAUAGAAACUCCUGGUGUGUGCACAGUGUUUGGAGAUCCACACUACCGAAGUUUUGACGGGAAACUUUUCAACUUCCAAGGAACCUGCAAGUACAUCCUGUCCCAGGACUGUAAGGGUGAGGUCUACAGUGUCAUAGUCAACAACGAUGCCAGGAAAACAAGGUCAUUUGCAUGGACCAGAAGAGUCCAUUUUAAGAUCAAAGGGGUGGACGUGAUACUCGGGCAGCACUUGGCAGUGAGGGUGAACGGGAAGGACGUCAGCUUACCUCAUUCCCAGCCUGAUGUUCUCACUGUUCUGCUUGCUGGGUACUUGGUGAAGGUCAUCACAGAAAUAGGUAUAGAGCUGACCUGGGACGGGGACAGUUUUCUGGAGGUCAGCGUACCCAGAAUGUACCGAGGGAAGCUCUGCGGGCUCUGUGGCAACUUCAACGGACAUGGCAGGGACGACUUCAUCGGAAGUGACGGGCUGUUCAGAUUUAACGUGAAUGAGUUUGCAGACAGCUGGCGGGUGGGAGAGGAGAGUAACUGUAACCGUCCCAGUAAGAACCAGAUCCCGUCCCCCUGUGGAAACAAUGUCUACAUGAAGCUCCGCGCUCACAAACAGUGCAAACUCUUCAGGUCUCGCAUAUUCAGCAGAUGUAGCAGAGUGGUCAAGUUUGAUAGCUAUUACAGAUCAUGUGUCACAGACAUGUGUGAGUGCCCCAGCAACAGAAACUGUUUCUGUGAGUCUGUACGAGCUUACACAAGCGAAUGCAGAAGAAAAGGAGUAGAGGUAGACCUCAGUAGUCUCACAGCUUGCCAAGAUACAAAAUGUACUGGUGGGGCAGUCUGGGACACCUGCGGACCAGCUUGCCCUCUGACCUGUGCGAACCUAAACUCGGUAGAGCGGUGUAACAGACCGUGUGUACCCGGGUGCCAGUGUCCUGCAGGCAUGGUCAGACAUCACCACGUGUGUGUGUACCCCUCACAGUGUCCCAGGCUACUAAGGUAGCAAAAUCUAACAUGGUGCCAUAAUGUGCAACCAUCAAGCAAAUUAUAGCUCCAUGGAGGGACCCAGGCACAGUCGUUGAUGUACGAUUUCGAUGCUGCGGAAUUUUCGAGCCGUCUGUGACAGAACCUAGCCUUUAGGGUUGCUGCUACAAAUCGGAUGGCACCCAGGCUAGACAGAACCAAACGCCAACCAAGGAUCUAAGACGGCAUUUUUUGGUAACAAGACAGCUGAAUUCUGCAGGACAGGUGCAAGACUAUCCCAAGAGUGCCCUCAGUUUGUAAUCGUGUAAACCCUAUGUCUGCUUGGACAUUAUGUUAUAAGGUUGUCCUGUUGUGCAGGGUCAUAAAAGAGCACUCUGGGUACGAGGUUGGGCAGGGUGACAUCGAUCGUGUCAAAUAAAACCGGGACCACAGGCUCUCUACAAAAACU